CAACAACCACAACAGGAACCAAGCGGAAAGCAUCAUCGGCUUCUAGUAGUAAAAGUAAAAAGAAAAAGGAAGAUAGUGACGAUGAAUCAACAACACCACAAUUAGAGGAUGAAACAAAAGUAGUCACAACAGAAAACCAAAAAUUUGUUGACAUGUAUUUGAAGAUAGAGACCAAUGAAGCAAAGAAAAAUACUAUUGUCUUUAUUCAAAGAAAAAAAAGGGAUGCCAAAGCAGAUGAUCCUGAAUCGCAAUUUACUUAUGACGUUCAUGGUCAUGAUGCAUGGUUUAUUGAUAGACACUUUUGUAAAACAGGAUACUUUAAACUUUUUACACACAAAGGUGUUAUUGAUCGUACUAAUCCUUAUAAAACAGAAGAUGGUAAAAAAUAUAAUGGGCUUCCUUUCAUUACAUUGAAGCAGUCACACUUCCAUCAAUAUGUCAGAGGUUUAUUAUUGAAUCACGGAAAGAGAGUGGAAAUUUGGAGUGAAGAUAAAUAUGAAUGUUUAAAAUCUGCUUCUCCAGGUAAUUUACAAGAAUUCGAGGAGCUUCUGGAAAAUGAUUCUCAAACAGGUGUGGUGUGUGCCAUCUAUAUCAAGAAGGAAUUAAAUGAGAGAAAGAUAGGCCUGGCAUUCGCUGAUACUACACUUAGAACUAUUGGAUUCUGUUCAUUCACCGAUAGUGAUCAGUUGGCAAACUUGGAUUCUACUCUUUCUCAAAUUGAAACAAAGGAAGCUCUCGUAUUUUAUCAAAAGAAUGAUCCUGACUCUGAAAGACUUAAGGACGUUCUCAGAAGAAGUAACAUUCUAGAAACUGAACGUAAAAAAUCAGAUUUUGUAAAGAAAAGUACUUUGGAGGCUGACAUUUGUAGAUUAACUGGUGAAGAAAGAGUUAUGAAUUUAGAAUUUAAUGAAGAACAUGUUGCAAAUUCUACUCAGGCCCUUUUAGAUUAUUUAGAAUUAUUGGAUGAUAUUAAUAAUUAUUCACACUACAAAACAAAAUCCCAACAAAUAUCCUUAUUCAUGAAGUUAGAUAGUACUUGUGUCUCUUCAUUGAACAUCUUACCACCACCAAACGAUAGAUCCAAGAAUACUUCUCUGUUUGGUUUAUUAAACCAAUGUGUAACUAGACCUGGAGCGAGAUUAUUGAGAGAAUGGAUUAGACAACCUCUAACAAGUCAUUCAGAAAUCGAGAAAAGAUUAGACAUGGUUCAAAUAUUCGCUGAAGAAAACGAAUUAAGAGAAGAAAUCAAGGAGCUUCUUAAAAAGGUUCCUGAUCUUGAUAAGAUUUUAAUCAGGGUUGUAAAGCAGAGAGUUACUAUAGAAGAUAUUGUAAAAUUAUAUAUUUGUGUACAGCAAGUUCCUGCCGUGAAAGAAGUUAUGAACAGAGUCAGGAAUGAAAAAUCAUUUGUAAAAGACAACUUGUAUAUGGACUUGAUGGUGCAUUUAGAUUCUAAUUAUGCUGAUCUACAAAGUUUUUUGCAAAUGGUCAUCAGUAUUAUAGAUAUGGAGGCAACCGAGAAACAUGAAUACAGAAUUAAUUGUAAAAUUGAUGCAGAACUAGAAAAAUUGAUGAAUGAUCUCAAUGAAAUUAUUUCACAAUGUGAUGAAGAAUGUAAAUCAGUUGAAAAUGAUUUGAAUGUUAAUGAGUUGUUUUUAGAAAUGACAAAAAAGAGUGUUUGUUUCAAAGUUAAAAAGGCACAGGCAAAUGCUUUGACCGGUGCAACAAAUUAUACUUUAAUAGGUCCACAGUCUAAAUCAGAUGUCAAGUUUACUAAUGAUACAUUGAAGGAACUAGCCAAAUCAUAUAUUGACAUUCUUGAGCAAUAUGAAAGCAAAUCUCAAGAGACUCUCCAAAAAAUAAGAGAAGUUGUAACAACUUUUGCACCUGCAUUUACACAACUCAGAGAAACCUUGGCAAGUAUUGAUAUUUUCAUCUCUUUUGCAUCUGUUUCUGUAAAUGCUGCCAUUCCAUACACUAGACCUAUCAUAAGACCAAUAGAUUAUGAAGAAGAAGAAAUUAUUCUUUACGAUUGUAGACAUCCUGUUGUAGAGAUUCAGGAUUCUGUAGACUUUAAGGAGAAUACAUGCAUCUUAGAUCGCUCACAACAUCAAUUACAUUUAAUAACUGGUCCAAACAUGGGAGGUAAAUCUACAUUUAUCAGACAAGUGGCAAUCAAUGUGAUUAUGGCUCAAAUUGGUUGUUUUAUCCCUGCAAGAGAGGGUAGUAUCGUCACUGUAAGAGAUGCAAUUCUUUCCAGAGUUGGUGCAUCAGAUUCUACUCAAAGAGGCAUUAGUACAUUCAUGGCUGAAAUGUUAGAAACUGCUGCACUCCUGUCAACAGCUACUUCUAAAUCUCUUAUUAUUGUAGAUGAGUUGGGAAGAGGAACAUCGACUUAUGACGGUUUUGGUCUUGCUUAUGCAAUCAUUGAACACCUAAUGGACAGCACAAAUGCUUUCACUUUGUUUGCAACUCACUUCCACGAAUUGAGAGCUUUAAUUGAGAAGUUCCCAGCAAUUUGUAAUGAAAGAAUGGAUUCAAAGAUUAUUGACAAUAGGCUUGUCAUGUUAUAUCAAAUAGUAACAGAUAACGAAGAAGCCAUUACAGAAAACAGUAAUAGCUUUGGUAUUGAAGUUGCUAAACUUGCUGAUUUCCCGAUUGAUGUGAUAAGAGUGGCCGAAAGCAAAGCUGAAGAGAUCAAACAAUUGAUGAAUACAACGCAAUUACAAAUAUUGGAGCCAUCAACGAAAGAAGUUGCUGACAGCCAAAGACGCGCCAAAAUUCAUUCUGCUCUUUCUAAAUUUUACAACUUUAACUUUUCGGACAGAACAUUGCAAGAGAUUAAGACAUUUCUUCUUGACAACUUUAAUGAAUCUUUUCAUUAGUGCUCUAAUGUUUGUAGUCAAUUAUUUUAACUCCCAUCAAAUGAUAUCUUAUAUCUCAUAAAAACAACUACAU